AUGCAGGCGGUGCAGUGGAUCACGUUCCUGUCUCAGCGCACCUUCCUCUUCGCACUCGGAGCUCUCAGCGCCCUUGGAGCCAAGAAGGACGCUGGGGACCUGAAGCAAAGCAGCAUCUACCUGAACCAGCUGAUGGCCUUUGCCACCAUCUCCAACACGAUCCUGGCUGCCGUGCUGCAGACCCAGACGGCGAAGGACAUCAAAAGCGAUGCUGCGAACUUCUUCUUCAACGCUGCCGUGCACACGGCCGAGGCAGCUUCCGGACAAGGAUCUUUACUCAGCGCCUCCUCGCAGUGUCUCUUGUCCUACGUCGGCUACGAGAAGACCUUAUGGGGCACUCACCUGCUGGAUGUCGUUGUGGCAGCCGGGCUCAUUUCAUCGCUGUCCUUGAUCAAGGAUUUUCGUGUUGCACUCGUCGCAGGCAUGAACUGCUUCCUACCCACAAUAGCUGCCGACUUCGGAAAGUAUCUGGUGUGCUACCGCCUGCGGCGAGACGAGGGCCUCCAGUGCCCUUUCCUCCCUGGAAGUGCCGGGCUCGCCGUGGCGACGCAGGUGGCGGGAGCCCUCAUUCUGUUCAUGGUCGCCGCUCUUUGGACAUGGCUCAGCCUCUCCAGAUCCGACGAGGAGCCCAAACCCAGCCACGUGGUCUUCCUGACCAGCAAGUACCAGCGCAGAUACUCGCUCUUCGAGACGGAGCGCUUGAUCAGGAAGACGCUCUUCACGUUCAUCGGCGCCUUGCUGCCCAUCGCCUCCUCGCCAGCGUUGCAGAUGGGCUGCCUAGGCAUUGUGGUUUUGGUGUCGCUGUUUCUGUACUGCCGCUACAAGCCUUACCACUCGCCGGAGUGGAACUGGAUCGAAAUCUGGUUGCUCUUCGCCGCGAUGGUGAUGAUCACAAGCGUGUCCACUUUGCUUGCAAAUGAGUUCCACUGGGGGCACUCGGUACCCACUCAGCAGUCGAUCAUCUUCGCGACUGCAGGCAUUGCGGCGGUGGCAAGCUGCUUGGUGAAGCAGCGAAGGUAA